CAAGUUGGCGACUAUUUUUAGUAACCAUAACGAAAAAAUACACAAUUUUUUCGCUAAGCAAUUAAAAAUAUAUUUGCACUUUUCUACUUUUCUAAAGCAAGAAAAAAACGAAAUAAGUUGUUUCGAAUCAAAAAAAAAUAAUAAUAAAGUGACGAAAAAUUUACAUAAAACAUAAGCCACAAAUGUAAACUGUUUUUUGUGUCGUGUCAAUUGAGAGCCUACCCACCGAAAACCAAGCCAAAGCAUAACACAAGAUGCUACAUUUACGCACAGGCAGCAGCCUAGCAAUCAAAAUACCCGAAUGUUGGCGUUUCCAGCAGCUGCUGGCUACACGAUCACCACUCUCCACCACCGUAUGCACGCUCCAACAGCAAGCCGACUCAGGCGAACCGGCGCAAGCAAAUGUGCUGCGAAAGCGUAAAUUCAAGCCACACGAGCCGGAUAGUGUUGCAGCCAUGAUCAAGCUGCCUGAACAGGCGCGUGUCGUUAUAUGUGGCGGCGGCACUGUGGGUGCAUCGCUUGCCUACCACCUGGCCCUGCAGGGCUGGGGCAAAGACACCAUACUCAUUGAACAAGAUAAAGUGGGUGGCGGCAAUCCAUGGGCCGCUAGCGGUUUGGCUGGUCGCUUCGAGCCUAGCUACACGGAAUUGAAGCUGGCUGAAUACUCCAUUGACUUGAUUAAAUCGCUAACGGAACAGGGACUGUCCACGGGUUGGCAGCCAGUCGGUAGCUUGAAUUUGGCACGCACUUUCGAUCGUAUGACCGCUUUCCAUCGCAUGCGCUCGCAAGGCCGUGCCUGGGGCAUCAAUUGUGAGAUAUUAACACCGGAACAAUGUCAGGAACGCUGUCCCUUGAUUAAGACAAGCGAUCUAGCUGGUGGUCUGUGGAUACCAGAAGAUGGUGUAUGUGAUCCACAUCAAGUUUGUCUCUCCUUCGCUGAGGAGGCACAACGUUUGGGCGUGCAAGUAGUGGAGCAAUGUGCGGUACUGAAGAUUAACAGUGCGCACGGUAAAGUCAGUCGCAUUGAAACUACGGCAGGUGAUGUAUUGUGUGACUUCUUUGUCAAUUGUACCGGUUUCUGGGCGCGCGGUGUGGGCACGCUAUCGACGCCGCAAGUGAAAGUGCCGCUGAAAGCGGUGGAACAUCACUACUUGCAUACGAAACCGAUAGAGGGACUCGAUCCCAUGACGCCGUUCGUGCGCGACUACGACGGUGGUGUAUACUUCCGCGAGCGCAAUGGGCGCAUAUUGGCAGGCGGUUUUGAGCGCGAAGCGAAAAUGCUCUACGAAGACGGCAUUAUACCGCUGUCGCAGGAAGAACGCGAGCUGCCGCCCGACUGGGAUCACUUUCACAGCAUGCUCGACGAGCUACUGCAUCGCGUGCCAAUGCUGAAGUCAUCGCUACUCGAUCGCCUAACAAACUCACUGGAAGCCUUUUCGCCCGAUUGCAAAUGGAUUUUGGGUGAAGCGCCCGAAAUACAAAAUUACUAUGUGUCGGCGGGCAUGAAAACGAUAGGCGUGUCGGCGGCAGGUGGCAUUGGACGUGCGCUCGCCGAUUUAAUAACGAAGGGCACUACGUACUUGGAUCUACAUAUAUUGGAUAUCAGUCGCUUUUUGGGACUGCAUAAUAAUCGUAAAUUUCUGCGUGAUCGCUGCAAAGAGGUGCCGGGCAAACACUUCGAAAUCAAUUAUCCAUUUCACGAAUUCAAAACGGGACGCAAUCUGCGCAUGUCACCCAUCUACCCGGCGCUUAAGGAAGCAGGUGCCGUUUUUGGCCAAACUAUGGGUUAUGAACGCCCCAACUAUUUCGAUCCGAAUGACAAGAAAGACGAGUUUGGCAUAACACGCUUUCGUACCGCCGAAACGCAUACUUUCGGCAAACCGCCAUGGUUCGAUCAUGUCGCCAACGAGUACAAUGCCUGCCGCGAGCGUAUCGGCAUCGCCGACUAUAGUUCGUUUACCAAAUAUGAUCUAUGGUCGAAGGGACACGAAGUUGUCGAAUUGCUGCAAUAUCUCUGUUCCAACGAUGUCGAUGUGCCGGUGGGUGCAAUUAUACACACGGGCAUGCAGAACCAUUUGGGUGGCUAUGAGAAUGACUGUUCAAUAGCGCGGCUCUCAGAACGACACUAUAUGAUGAUAGCGCCGACGGUGCAGCAAACACGCUCCAUCACCUGGAUACGCAAACACAUGCCAAAUCAUUUGCGAUCUGGCGUUAAUGUGGCCGAUGUGACAUCGAUGUACACGGCAAUUUGCAUACUGGGCCCAUAUACACGCAUUUUGCUCUCCGAAUUGACUGAUACAGACUUGACGCCAAAGAACUUCCCAUUUUUCACUUACAAAGAACUUGAUGUUGGCUUAGCUAACGGUAUACGUGUGCUGAAUAUAACGCACACCGGCGAAUUAGGUUAUGUUUUGUAUAUACCCAAUGAAUUUGCGUUACACGUAUACACGCGCCUGUAUCAGGCUGGUCAGAAAUUCGGCAUACAUCAUGCGGGCUACUACGCCACGCGCACAUUGCGCAUUGAGAAAUUCUACGCGUUCUGGGGUCAAGAUUUGGACACGUUUACCACACCGCUGGAGUGCGGACGCAGCUGGCGCGUCAAAUUGAAUAAACCGAUAAAUUUCAUCGGACGCGAUGCGCUGCUCAAACAACGCGAAGAGGGCGUCAAACGCAUGUACGUGCAGCUGCUGCUUAACGAUCACGAUCACGAGAUCGAUUUAUGGUGCUGGGGUGGCGAACCGAUCUAUCGUGAUGGCAAAUAUGUUGGCAUGACCACCACCACCGGUUACGGCUUCACAUUCAAGAAGCAAGUUUGUCUCGGUUUUGUGCGCAAUUUCGCCGAAGAUGGCAGCGAGCUGCCAGUUACCAAUGAAUAUAUACUUUCUGGCCACUAUGAAGUAGAAGUGGCGGGCAUGCGUUUCGAGGCGAAGGUCAAUUUACACUCACCCAAUUUGCCAACGAAAUUCCCCGACAAAGAGCGCGAGGCAUAUCACGCGACACGCGACAAGCAAGGUCAGGCCGAUUUGCUAUCCUACGAGACGAAGUAUUGAGAAGUGCUUUUAUGCACUUGCGGAGUCACUGCGUCUAUAGACUUGAAGUUUGGAUAUUAAUUUUUAGCAUUGAAAUUUUUUUAAGAUUUCAUUGGUUUUAUUAUAAUAAUUUUUUUUAUUACCACAUAUAUUGAUUUAACUGUAAAUGUUAAAUUUUUUUGUUAUUAGCUGACUUAGGCGCCAUUAAUGAUAUUAUACGCGUAAUUUAGUGUGUUCGACUUGUUAUUAUGCUUAUUUUAUUGAUGUGCUUAAUAUGUUAUUUGCAUAUACACAUAUAAUUUUGUUUUUUUUUUUUUAAUUUUAAAAUAUUUGUUGCAUAAUGACACUGAUAUUUGGAAAUUACAAAAAAAAAACUCUAAAAAUUAAUGCAACGAACCAGCUACAUACAUACAUACAAACAUAUAAACAUACAUAUGUAUAUAUUUGUUUUUUUUUAAAUAAAUUUUUGUGCAACUUAAGCAUCAUUGGUAUCAAAAAAGUCUGAAAAGAACAUUGCAUUUAUCAAAAUUUAUCAAAACAAAAAAAUUGUAUAUGAAAAACUUAAUUUAAAAAAAUUUGUAAAAAAUAUUAAUUUGUAAAAAACAUUGUAACAAAAAAUCAAUUUUGUAUAAAAAAUUAAUUUGAAAAAAUUUUUAUAAGAAAUGAAUUUGAAAAAAUUUGCCUAAAAAAUAAUUUGUAAACAUUUUACAACAAACAAGUAUCUAACAGUGCAUAUUUGCUAUAAACAAAAACAUUGAAAUCAAUUAUUAUAAAGCAGUUAAUUAAUUUCAAAAAUGUUGCCGCAUUUUGCCAAAUAUGUAUGUAUAUAACAGAUGCUGUAUAUUUGUACAUAUGUAUGUAUGUAUACCAAAAAAAUCUUUUUUGUUGUAGAAACAUACAACAAAGUGCGAAAAAGUUGUUACAGUAAUCAAAAUAUAAUCAAAAUAAAAAUAUAUAUACAUACAUACAUAUACAAUACCUCUAUUAAAUGUAAAAAAAAUACUUAAAAAUGUCGAAUAACUUAGCUGAGCCAAGCUAUAAGCAUUGUACAAAUUUGGUUUAGCAAAAAAUUAAACUAAAAAUGUUAUUAUAACUUAACUAUUUGAAAAUCCUUCCCUAGUUUAUACAUAUUAAUGCAUUAUUAUUAUAAAAAUGUAAAACUUUACUUUAUUUGUUCCUAACCUCACAUAUUUGCUCAUAUACAAUUGUCAAAAUAAAUAAAAAAAAUGUUUGUAGAAAAGUAAGAGCAGAUUGUUGGAUUUAUAAAGGAUAUAAAACUAAAUUUUUGUGGCUUAAAAAAACUACAUACAAAGAAACGGAACCGUACGGUGUCGAACUAAAAUUUUUAAUUACAUAGAAACAUUUGUAAUUACUUAUAAGAGAUCAGACGAGCACGAAAAUGUUGUAUACCUCUUGUAUAUGCUAAAAUAUAUUUGUUGUUGCAUAAA